AUGAGCAAGCGCCGGUCGCGUUUCCGCAUGGCCGCAGCCCCCGAGGGGGGCUCCCCCCCGCAGCAGGCGGACCUCGAGCUGGUCGCCCGGCGCGAGGAGCGGAAGUAUGUGCACGAAGUGUAUGACGCGAUUGCCGGUAGCUUCAGCGCCACUCGCGCCGGGACAUGGCCCGGCAUUCGUGCCUUCCUCGGGGCCCUGCCAGCCGGGUCGCUGGUCCUGGAUGCCGGCUGCGGCAAUGGUCGGUAUAUGUCUCUGGCACCUCUCUCCGGGGCGGGUGACCUCUGCCGGCCUCUGGCAGAGCUUGCUGCGGAAAACCACCUCCCCGGCGUGCCGCCGAACGAAGUGGCCGUUGCCCACAGCCUGGCCCUUCCCCACCGGGCAGGCCUCUUUGACGCAUGCAUUUCGAUUGCGGUUAUCCACCACUUCAUGACCACCCAACGCCGCAUUGCAUCCAUCCUGGAAAUGGCCCGCGUCCUGGGCAUCGGGGGCGUGGGUCUGGUAACUGCCUGGGCUCUGCCUGGGUCCCGGCCCGGCACUUGUCCUGGCUGCUCGGACACAUCUGCCGGCUCAAGGGCCGGAUUCAGGGCGCUUUUCGCCUCCUCUUGCCCGGGUUUGGAGCGCCCCAUGCCGGCGACCGGGCCCGUGCUGUGCCACAUUUGCGCCGAAGCCCGGCAAGCAGCCCCGACCGAGCCGAUCAUCGAGAACGAGCAGGAUCUCCUGGUGGGCUGGCAACUUCCCCGCGAGGCGCCGCACGCCCAACAGCCGCCGCAAAAACAAUCCCCCGCGUCCGACCGGGAUCUCACCCGGUACUACCACUUUUUCCGGGAGUUCGAGCUGGAGAACCUGGUCCAAAUGGCCUCCAUGCAGCUGGCCGCCAGCACCACCGGCGCCGAGAGCCUGCACAUCCGGUCGGUUGGCUGGGAAAAAGAAAACUGGUCCAUUGUCUUCGAGAAAGUCCGCCACAGUGAGCCCACUCACAACUAG